AUGGUUUCGUACGAGAGCUCUACCGUCGUCUUCGAGUACCCCGGUGCAUCCAGGCCCGGACUGAAGCUCGUUGCGAACCGCUACGUCGCCAAGGGUGCCGACGCCCCUGCUGGCUUGACGCUGCUCUUCACCCACUGCACUGGGUCGCACAAGGAGUCCUGGGAGGUCGUCAUUGCCGAGCUGCUCCAGCUCAAAGACGCCGCCUUCAACACUCCCGUCGUCCGCGAGGCAUGGUCUGUGGACUGGCAGAGCCAUGGUGAGGCUGCGACGGUGAACGAGGGUAUCCUAAAGGACGAUACCGAGGGUCUUUCCGUGACAGAGUACGCCGUCGGACUCCAAGCCCUCGUCUGUUCGGAGCACCUCUCGGGACACCAACUUGUCGCGAUCGGGCACUCCGCAGGGGUGACCGCCAUCCUGCUCUCAACGCUGUCUUUGCCAACCGCCAAGGUACCCUACCGCGCGAUCGUCUUCAUGGAGCCCUCGCUCGUCACGCGCGCCGCGUUCAACGCGCACGGCGCGACGCGGAAGGCCGCGCUGGAGAUGAUGCACAAGGCGAUGGAGGCGCGCCGGCAUACGUGGAGUACCCGCGACGAGGCCCUAGCGUACUUCAGGAAGCGCCUGCCCUGGAAGUUCUGGCAUCCCCGGAUCCUCGAAUUGCUCGCGACGCAUGGUCUCAGGGAAGUCCACACGCAGGAGAAUGGCAAGGAUGUAAGCAAGGUCACGUUGGCGUGCUCGACGCUACAGGAGAAGAAGGCGUACGCGGACAACGAGCCGCACUUCACUGCGGCGGAGCGGAUUGUCACGCUCGACCCGGCGGUGGAGGUCCACUGCAUUCUCGGUGAACGCUCUGACGUAGUUCCGAAAUACUGUCACGACUCCAUUCUGGAGCUGCGCAAGAUCGCGUCUAUCCAGCAUGUCCCGAAAGCCGGACACUUUGCCCUGCAAGAGAAUCCGGAUGGCUUGGCAGCGUGUAUCGCGAAUGCCUUGCAAGGCCUUGCCAGUGUGCGAUCAAGGCUGUAAGAGUACACCGGUUGCAGGCUGAGUCUACUGUACUGCCGUGUUUUUGAUCGCCUCUAUCAUCGCU